AUCGAUGAUGAAUUUCAAAAUUGGUGGAGCGGAAGAGCGAAUGCCAUUGCCUGUAAUCCAUGCGUUUGGUAUCCUGAAGAAAGCCGCUGCACUGGUGAACAAGGAUUUUGGAUUGGAUCAAAAAAUCUUUCCCAGCAGUGCUGGUGCUGCAAUAACGCAGAUUUUUUUUUUAUAUCACUGGAAUAAGCUUGCCGAAGCAAUCAUCCUCCGAUGGGAAUUUUUUGCAGACGAAGUGAUUGAUGGCAAAUUGGACGAUCAUUUCCCGUUGGUGGUUUGGCAGACUGGGUCGGGGACGCAGUCGAACAUGAACGUCAACGAAGUGAUUUCGAAUCGUGCAAUCGAAAUGCUGGGCGGCGAGCUCGGUUCCAAGAAGCCUGUGCAUCCGAACGAUCAUGUCAACAUGUCACAAUCCUCCAAUGACACUUAUCCAACAGCCAUGCAUAUUGCUGUUGCGAGAGAGAUUAAUUCACGAUUGCUUCCGGCGCUCAAACAGUUGCGCGAUUCCCUGCAUCGAAAAGCAACUGAAUUUGAGAGUAUCAUAAAAAUUGGCCGUACCCAUACACAGGAUGCUGUACCACUCACACUGGGCCAGGAAUUUAGUGGAUACGUUCAGCAGAUGGAUAACGGCAUUGCACGUGUGAAGGACUGCUUGCCACGUUUGUACGUGCUUGCUGCCGGUGGAACUGCAGUUGGUACAGGCCUGAAUACACGCGUUGGCUUCGCUGAAAAAGUUGCUGCGAAAAUUGCGGAAUUGACAGGACUUCCAUUUGCUACGGCACCAAACAAAUUUGAAGCGCUUGCAGCUCACGAUGCAAUGGUACAUGGUGCGCUGAAUACUGUUGCUGUUAGCCUGAUGAAGAUUGCGAACGACAUCCGUUUCCUUGGUUCGGGACCACGCUGUGGCCUCGGUGAAUUGUCAUUGCCCGAAAAUGAGCCCGGCAGUUCGAUCAUGCCGGGCAAAGUGAAUCCCACUCAGUGCGAAGCUGUCACAAUGGUUGCUGCGCAAGUUUUCGGCAAUCAGGUUGCGGUAACUGUUGGCGGUUCAAAUGGGCAUUUCGAAUUGAACGUAUUCAAACCAAUGAUUGUACGUAAUGUUCUCCAGUCAACACGUCUCAUCGCUGAUGCGUCCGUUUCAUUUGCUGUGAACUGUGUCGAUGGUAUUAAAGCAAACAAGGUAAUGCUAAAAUUCCACCGAAUCGUGUGUAUUAUUCGUGAAAUAGGCGAAACUUACCUGAAAAUCUACUUUUUUUCAAAGCUACUUCAUAACUGAAA